GGGCGUCGCGACCGGAUUCGACGGCCGCCAAAGCCCGGUCGGGCCAGCCGGGAACCGCAAGACCAGGAGCGAAGCUCGACGCCUGACGAAGACGAUCGGAAUGAAGACAGACGCUUGGACCAUUAUGGUGUUGUGUUUGGUCUGCCUGUCGACGGGUCGGAGCUCUACCCAUGCGAACUGGGAGAAGCGCAGAUAUGACGGGUGGUACAACAACCUGGCCCAUCCCGACUGGGGAACUGCAGAGAGUCGGCUGAGCAGAAGGACGCCACCCUCCUACGCCGACGGAGUAUAUCAGAUGGCAGGAAGAAACAGACCUAAUCCUCGUUGGAUCAGCGGACGCCUGAUGAAAGGAGAGGACGGUUUGCCCUCGGUCCGCAAUCUGACAGCCUUCUUUGCCUUUUUCGGUCAGGUGGUGUCGUCGGAAAUCUUGAUGGCCAGCGAACCCGGAUGUCCUAUAGAGAUGCACUCGGUUCCGGUAGAGAAGUGCGACAGGACCUACGACAGGAAGUGUUCGGGCGACCGAGCCAUGCCUUUCUAUAGGUCCUUGUAUGACCCCGAGACUGGACAGUCUCCUAACAAUCCUCGACAACAGAUGAAUCUGGUGACUAGUUGGAUAGAUGGAAGUUUCGUGUAUAGUACCAGUGAAGCUUGGGUCGAUCACAUGAGAAGUUUUCGUAACGGGACUCUGCGAACGGAUUCUUCGGGUCUCUUUCCCGCUAGGAAUAAAGAUAGGGUUCCUCUGAUCAACUAUCCCACCUCUCGGUAUCUGGGAAUGCUCGAUCCCGAAAGAAUGUUCGUGUUGGGCGAUCCCAGGACCAAUCAGAAUCCGUCUCUCUUGGCAUUCGCCGUUCUCUUUUUUCGUUGGCACAACGUUUUGGCUCGUCGUUUCCAACGUCAGAAUCCACGCUGGUCGGACGAAGAGGUUUUCCAGAAGUCUAGAAGCUGGGUCGUCGCAACCCUUCAGAACAUAAUUAUGUACGAAUAUCUACCCAUGUUGCUAGGAGAAGAGAUGGAAGCGUAUUCAGGAUACAACCCGGAUAUUCAUCCCGGAGUAAACCACGUGUUCCAGUCCGCCGCCUUCCGCUUCGGCCACACUAUGAUACCCCCCGGAAUAUAUCGCAGAGAUAAAGCCUGCAAUUUCAAAUCAACUGCCAACGGAUACCCGGCCGUGAGACUAUGCGCUACUUGGUGGAAUUCGGAAGAAGUGCUACUGGAAUCGGGAAUCGAAGAACUAAUAAUGGGUUUAGCUUCUCAGAUAGCAGAAAGAGAAGAUAACGUUCUCUGUGACGAUGUCAGAGAUCAACUCUUCGGGCCCAUGGAAUUCUCUCGUAGGGAUCUGGCUGCACUUAACAUUAUGAGAGGUCGAGACAACGGUCUGCCCGACUACAACACGGUCCGUUCCAGUUUCCACUUGCCUCGAAUAACGAACUGGUCAGACAUUAACCCUCAACUCUUUUCGAAAAAGCCCGAGAUGGUGAAAAUCCUGAAGGAUAAAUACGGCGAAAGUCCCGACGACUUGGAUCUGUAUGUCGGAGGGAUGUUGGAAACUGAAGUGGACGGAAGACCCGGGAUUCUCUUUCGCACCAUCAUCAAAGAACAGUUUCGACGUUUGCGAGACUCGGAUCGUUUCUGGUUCGAGAAUACUGGCAACGGUUUUUUCACCAAAGAAGAAAUAAAGCGAAUCAAGAAAACUACAAUUUACGAUGUGGUCAUCGAAUCGACUUCCAUCGGUGCCGGUCACGUUCAGAAGAACAUGUUUUCGUGGAAAGAAGGCGAUCCGUGUCCUCAGAAGGUUCAACUGAACGGGUCGAUGCUGGAGCCCUGUUCGGCAAUCGAAGGAUACGAUUACUUCCACGGAAAUGAAGUGGCUUACAUAUACUCGUGCUUGGCACUUACCUUCGUUCCUAUCAUCUGCGCUGGUCUGGGUUACGGCGUAAUCAAACUACAGAACAAGAGGAGAAGGAAGAUAAAGCUGAAGAGGGACGAGGCGGGCAAAACUUGUGACAAAUUGCAGGUAAAGGAGUGGCUACACCGCAACCAUAAGCGCUACGUCAAGGUCAAGCUCGGUCCCGACGAUUCCGUUUCCACAGUCGAUCGCAAGGGAGAGAUUCUCAGGAGAAUCGGCCUGGCCUCGGUCGGAUCGGUAGUGGUCGAAGUCAGCAAAGACGCCCGAAAGAAGCCCACCGUACUGAUCAGAUCGCCCGCGGACCACGACUUGGUUCUGCAGUUCGACAAGGCGCAGACUAGAAGAAAGUUUCUGGAUAAACUGGAGAACUUUCUGACCGAUCGGAAGAAGACGUUGGAACUGAUCCCCACUAACAGAGAAACCAUGCUGAAAAACUCGGAGACGAAAGAGAAGAGGCAGAGUCGCCUGGAGCGUUUCUUCAGAGAGGCCUAUGCUCUGACCUUCGGAAUAAAAUCCGAUGAUACCACCGAUUUUGACGGUUUGGACGAAGACGCGGCGGCCGGAAUGACCACAUCCCUGUCCAAGAGGGAAUUCGCCGAAGCCCUGGGAAUGAGACACGACUCGCUUUUCGUCAGACGCAUGUUCAACUGCGUCGACAAAAACAAAGACGGGAGAAUCAGUUUCCGCGAAUUUCUGGACACCGUCGCCUCCUUUUCUAGAGGAAAGACCGAAGAUAAACUGCGGAUAAUCUUCGACAUGUGUGACAACGAUGGCGUAGGGGUUGUAGGAAGAGAUGAGCUGAGCAAGAUGCUGAGGUCUUUGGUGGACAUGGCCAAGACCUCGUCUUUGACCGAGAGGCCGGUGACAGACGCCAUCGACUGCGUCUUUGCUGCGGCCGGCUUGAGAGACAAGGAAGAACUUAGUUACGAAGACUUUUCUAACAUAAUGAAAGAGCACACGGCGCAUCUAGUGGAUAUCGGCUUGGAUUUUAAAGGAGCGAAACAGAACUUUUUAACUACGACGAGGAACUUGGACAGAACAACGAGCUUCCGAGUGACUCGAUCGCCGGAACCCAAAUACGGUUGGUUGAGAAGAAAAUGGAACGACUUGGCGACCUUUCUGGAAGAAUAUCGACAACACCUGUUUUACCUCUUUCUAUUCUAUGUGGUCACUCUUGUCCUUUUCCUGGAAAGAUUCGCUCAUUACACUUAUUUGGCCGAACACACGGAUUUGAGGCACGUCAUGGGAGUCGGAAUAGCGUUUACACGCGGAUCUGCUGCUGCUCUGUCCUUCUGUUACUCUCUGCUGCCGUUAACCAUGAGUAGAAACUUAAUUACAAAACUCAGAGAAUUGGCCAUUCAUCAAUAUGUUCCGCUAGACUCUCAUGUUCGGGCUCACAAGAUAAUCGCCGUCACUGGAUUCGUUUUCACCGGUGAGUAACAUUUUUGCUGCUUAAUA